CCCUAUUCCCCUGUCCACCAAAUCGUGAAGGCCAGGAGCGCGUUGCGCUCGUACUCGAUCUGAAUUUCCCUCGUCAAUAACGAGAAGUUACCGGCGGGAGGGAGACGACGGACGACGGUCGACGAGAAUUAACGUGGCGGAUGGGAAGCGCGAACCCGUGAGUCAUUCGUUCAUAAGAGGUCGACGAUGUCGCGUCGAGGCCCGGAUUAACCUGCCCAACACCUGCCCGUUCGACAUAAAUUUCCAGUAGCGACGAUGGACGCGGACGAAAUUUUAUGCAGGAUCUUCGGGGCGAGCCCCGCCGAGCGUGCCGAUAAACCCAAGGACUUCGAACAAUCCAAAUCAUGUCAGAAUUUGACUUGGGUGAACGAGCACAUCAGAAGAUCCCUGUUGAAUUUGUAUAUUGAUACACGAAACUCUGAGGAUGAUAGAGAAGGUCGUAUAGGUCCUUAUCUCGUCAGAUUUGACAUAUCCAUGCAUCAUGGUCUCUGCAUUGUGUCUCCUGAUAGACUAAGCGUCAAUUCGCAAAGUAGCUUUAGCACGAUGCGAGCUAACACAGGAGUGUUUAAAGGGAAAUGGAUGUACGAAGUACAACUUGGCUCCAAAGGAGUGAUGCAAGUCGGAUGGGGAACUGCUCAAUGUAAAUUUAAUCAACAGUAUGGUGUCGGGGAUACUCCAAAUUCAUAUGCUUACGAUGGGAAUCGCGUACGAAAGUGGAAUGUGAGUACUCAUAAGUAUGGCGAAGCCUGGUUAACGGGAGAUAUCAUCGGCUGUGCACUGGAUAUGGACGAUGGAACGUUAGAUUUCUAUAGGAACGGUAGAAGUCUGGGCAGGGCAUUUGAAAAUAUACCGAUGGGUGCCGGAAUUGCAUAUUUUCCUACUGUUAGCUUGGCUUUCACUGAGAAUCUAACAGCCAAUUUUGGCUCCAUACCAUUUAGAUAUCCCGUAGAGGAUUACGAACCUCUGCAAGCCCCACCGACGGCACAAGUCCGUCAAGCCAUGCUUCUCUUUCAAUGGAUCUCGCAAGUGAUCGAACUACUAGAAUAUUUUAAGAACGUUGACAAGCAGAACGUUCUAUGGGAGGAUAAGACUAUGAGCACUCAAGCGUUUCUUAUGUGCCUAGCGAGAGUCAUUUUACAGCACAUUGGUCCAUUGCUCACUAUUCCCUAUGUCACAGAAACGGUUUUUGUGCCGUUUAUACAAACACUCUGCGAUUUGAACAUAGAUGAUUCCACGACGAAGUCUACAUAUUCGAAUAUUUCCAUUACACGGUCAAUCCUUUGUCUGGAUUUGUUGUGGACAUUCUUAGAGGAGCAUGAAAUUAAAAUGUGCUUGGAAAGCACGAUACUUCAUUUAUUAUCCGCUUUCCGACAUGUUUCUUUAUUACUCGAAUAUCCGGAUCAGUGCAAAAGCUUGAUACUGCUGACUAAGAUCUGUCAGCACACUGUUACACGACAAUAUUUCCUGCAACACCUACUGUUUGAUCGUGUGCGUUUCGCAAACUUUGUGCAUGUAAAACCACUGGAUGAGGGUGGAUUGACGGAUGUGGUAGAGAAAGUCUGGUGGGAAACAAAACCUUUAGAUCUGUCAAUCGAAGCAAAUAAGGCUAGUUAUCUUUACGCCUGCGAGCGCAUUAAAGCUGCCAUAUCCGAGGUAGAAGCCUUACAAGUCAAGUUACUAGUCACUUUGUUAAAUAAUACUGAUGGAACACCCAAGAGACCGACAUCAAGAACCAUCUUUUUGAGAAAAUUCAAACGUUUUGUUCAGGAAAAUCUGAUAUCCAGUCGCACUCCCUUGCCGAUCACAUUAUGUUGCUUUCACCGACUCCUGGUUGCAUUCAGAAUUUUGUGGGACACUGAAAUUGGGACAAGCCCCGUCUAUAUACCUUGCAGGGCGUUCUACGAUGCAUCGAUCAAUUACUCUGGAAUCGACAGACUUGGUGGCGUAAUAACUCACUUAAACAAGACAUUCAAGAACGAAUUGCUACGCCUCCUAGGUCCGGAUCAUGAGGUAAUCGUUGCUAUGGAACAACAACAACAGCAGCAAAAUACUACAACAGCGACGCAUGAAGCGUCAAAUAACGCUUACGCUACCGCUGCCGUGGUCGGCGCGGUCGUGAGACCGCUGAUCGAAUUGCCUGUGGCUAUACCCGCAGCCAUUUACCCUCGUUUAAUUAGCAUCAACCCGCCGAUGGCAUCGGCGAACCAAGGUAGCUCCGGUAUGAUAUUGGAGAGAUUUGGAUUUUUUACGCAUACUAGAGAGGACAAGACUCCAAUACGUCACGGUCCUGCAGAUCCGGCGAUGUCAUUGAUAGAAUUGUUAGAUGGUAUCAUCUUAUUCUAUCAUGUAGCAGCGAAGAAGCAACUGGCCAAAGUGGCAAGUUUGCGCGACAGUAUGUCCGCGUAUAUUAACGCGAUCGCUGACACCAAAGCGAGACUCAAACACAUCGAGCAAGAAACGAUCUCAGCGAAAGAUCCCGACGCGGAGGCAAUUCAGAGAGAGCUACUCCGUACGACGGAAGUAUUUAAUAAGAAACUGUCGGAGCAAGCGAGGCAUAUGGCAUGGAUUAGAGCUGCCGUGUACUCGGAGGAGAAGCAAGCGCAAUUGGCUUGGCUGUUAAAAGUGGUCACGCUGACUCUGCAAACCGCCAGCCAACAGGGCAACAUGUUCAGCUUUGUGCCCGAUUUCUAUCUGGAGACGUUGUCCGAUCUGUGCGUUAGUUUGCGCGCCCACGUGCAUCCUACCGCGCCUAUUGAAAACAUCCCUGAUUAUCGGACGAUGCUAUGUAACGCCGCCGAGUUUUUGUGCGAUCAUUUUCUUGAUCCACGUAUAGUACACGCCAACUCCAAGGACAUAUUGAUACUCACGCUCGCCGGUUUUGUAUCUAAUCCAUUAACACUAGAAGCAUUGGAGAAUGUACCACGUGAGAGCAGGAUAAGACUCGUCACGAGUCUAUUAAAACCGUAUGAAAAUAGAGCGUGGGCACAGUCCAAUUGGGUCCUAGUCAGAUUCUGGCAGGGUAAUGGCUUUGCUUUUCGAUACGAGAAGAGUCCACAUCUUUCGAAAAAAGUCGGCCCGAAACUGUUGCAGCAAGAAUCGAUUUCUCAGCCCAUAAAACCGUGUCCAUCAACGAUAUAUCAAGCUCACGUGAAGGAUGUAUUGUUGGACAAUCCGCAGGCAACCACGCAAUUCUUGAACUCGCUGUUGAAUCAAUUGAAUUGGGCGUUCUCUGAAUUUAUCGGUAUGGUGCAGGAGAUUCACAAUGUAUCAUCGAGACCAGAGCGGGUGUUUAUCGAGUCGAGACAAUUAAAAAUCUGUGCCACUUGCUUUGAUUUGGCGAUUUCGCUGCUUCGAGUAUUAGAGAUGAUCUCCGCAGUGGUCCCGGAUGUUUUCAGCGAUCCCACGCAGUCUUCCAGCGAAACAUUAUUGGCUAGAUUGUGUCAAUUACUCUGUCAAGUAUUGAACAGGAUGAGUUCGCAAACGAGCUGUUUUCAACACGUGGUGCUAUUGGAAAUACCGGAUUUAGAGUCUGUAGAUCACUUUCCUAUAUUAGCUGCCGUUAUUGGUAUUCUGCUCGCUCUUCUUGAAAAGGAGAUGAAUGUCACAACAAAACUGACGAAUGAAGUGCCCAGAAUAACACGAAGUUUAUUAACAGAACCGAGUUUUCAGAUCAGUUCUUUGUAUUUUGUUCUGGGUGAUACAAAAUUGAAAAAUACAAAGACAAAAAAUGUAAAACCCUUCUCAUUAUUGAACUAUCAGGAAGAUGUGACGGCGGAGGAGAUUAAUCGAGUGAAACAAAUGAUAACAUAUCUUGAUACCUAUCGCACGCUUUUACCCGAUACCAAAUUAAUAAGCGACGAUGAUAACACUUGUACAAUUUGUUACGCCUUUCCAAUUACUGCUACAUUUAAACCGUGCAAUCACCAAACGUGUCGCACCUGCAUAGAUCGUCAUCUGCUCAAUACUAGAGAAUGUUUCUUUUGUAAAGCGACUAUAGAUAAGGUCGAAGAUCUAAGCGGAAACGUGUUGCAUGAUUUUACUAGCGAAUUCGCAAUUUCGAGAACAACUUCUUGAUCCAUUGACAAGAUUGUUUCAACAGUUGCAUAUAUUGUAUUAAAGAUUUGUCGUAAUUCUCGCGAUAUGCAUUGAGCAUCGAGUCCGAUAAAACUGCCGCAUAUAAUUUUAAUUGUAUAAUAAUGAAUUAUGUGAAAAUUAGGAUAAAUUAAAAGCAACAGAGAGGUAUAUAAAGUAUCAGAGUUCCUUUUUUAUUUAUAUUCACUAGUGGAAUUAUUUACAAUUGAGCACUUUUUGGCGACAGACGUCAAACGUAUCAAAACAAUCAUCUUCACGCACCUUCGCGUUGCAUUCAUAGGUAAAAAUUUACUAAUAAAAAUUGUAUAUACAUA